GGUCUCGGUCAGAGAGCUUGUGGAUUUUUGCUUGCUAGUGCCUAGUGCCUCUUUUCGUCUUUUUAUUUUUCUUUUUCAAUUUUUUUUUUUGUGUGGGUGUUGGGGGGUGGGAAUAUUUAAGUGUGGGAGGGUGUAGGUAAGCCCCCUGAGCCGACUAAGGUAAACUCCGGUCCGGAGUCAGUGGGCUUUUGCCGCCGACCAAGCAAACAACCUCUUCUUCAUCUUCAAGUGAAACCUUUUUUAUUUUAUAUAUAUUUUUAGUCUUUCAAUUAUAAAAAGGGAGCUAAAAUCUUGCUCAAGAACCCCUCUUUUUCUUUCUUACUCAUUAUCUCUCUCUCUCUCUCUCUCUCGCUCUGUGUCAAGAUUCGGUCAUACAAAGCCAUACACAUUUUUUCUAACCCCAUCUUCGAGAUCCCUUUUUCUUGUCUUUCAUCUGGAAGCUCAAAAAUCUGGUCUUUCUUCAGAAUUUUUUUUUUUCCUUCUUACACAUUUUUUUCGGCCAUUUCUAGGGUUUAUCUUUAUUUUUUUCGAUUUCGUGUCGGGUUGGAUCAGUUGGGGGAUGCAAUCUGGUGUGGUGCAUUUUGCUGUGUUCGGUUGAGCAGCUAGGAAGCUUAUUUUCCCUUCUUUUUUCUUUUUCUUUUAUUUUUUUUUUCUGUACCUAAGAAGAGGAAGUAAAAAAACAGAUCUUUUGAGCUGGGAAGGAUGAAGUUUAUGAAGCUUGGAUCCAAGCCAGAUGCGUUUCAGUCUGAGGAGAACAAUAUCAGAUAUGUGGCCAGCGAGCUCGCAACAGAUGUCAUCAUUCAAGUUGGGGAUAUCAAGUUUUACUUGCACAAGUUUCCACUCCUCUCGAAAAGUGCCCGCCUGCAGAAGCUCGUCUCGUCAUCUCACAAUGACGAAAUUGCCCUCCACGACAUCCCGGGUGGACCAGCCGCUUUCGAGACGUGCGCUAAAUUCUGCUAUGGGAUGCUCGUUACCCUCAACGCCUACAAUGUGGUCCCCACUCGAUGCGCGGCCGAGUACCUCGAAAUGCACGAAAAUGUCGACAAGGGCAAUCUCGUCUAUAAAGUCGACGUCUUUUUAAGCUCCAGCAUCUACCAGAGCUGGAAAGACUCGAUUAUCGUCCUCCAGACCACAAAAUCCCUCUUGCCGUUUUCCGAGCAUCUCAAAAUCGUCAGCCACUGUAUAGACGCCAUUGCCAGCAAGGCCUCGACUGAUAUCUCGAAAGUCGACUGGUCCUACACUUAUAAUCGGAAAAAAGCGAUCGAGGAAAAUGGUAAUGGGCUGAGGACACGAGCUAUCCCGCUCGAUUGGUGGGCCGAGGAUUUGAGUGAGCUCGAGAUCGACUUGUACAAGAAAGUGAUUUUGGGUAUAAAAGACAAAGGGCUUGUGCCGAAUGAGGUAAUUGGUGAGGCCUUGAAAGCUUACGCGUACCAAAAACUGCCUGCCUCGGGGAAAAACGUGGUUCCACAAGAUGAACUUCCUAAAUUCCGUAAAAUUUUGGAAAGUGUAGUGUGGCUUUUGCCAGCCGAGAAAGGUUGCGUCUCGUGUAGCUUCUUGCUCAAGCUGCUGAAGGCGGCCGUAUCGGCUGAAUCAGACGAGAGGGUAAAAUCGGAACUCGUGAGAAGAAUCGGGCAGCAGCUGGAGGAGGCCUCGGUUAACGAUCUCUUGAUCCGUGCAUGCGACGGUGCGGAAUUUAUUUACGAUGUCGAGAUUGUCCGGAAGAUUCUGGAGGAGUUUGUGGCGCAGGGUAGGAAUUUCGAGAUGGAGAUGGAAAAAAAUCGAGGCGAGAUUCAGGAGAUGACGAAGAAGAGGCCCUGGAUUAUUUUAUCCGAAGCUUCGAAGCUGAUGGUGGCGAAGCUCGUGGACGGUUAUCUUGCAGAGAUCGCGAAAGAUCCGAAUCUGCCCCUCUCGUCGUUUGUCGGGAUCUCGGAGAUGGUUUCGGGCUUUUCCCGCCCAACCCACGAUGGUUUGUAUCGGGCCAUCGAUACAUAUCUCAAGGAGCACCCGGGGAUCAGCAAGAGUGAGAGAAAACGCAUUUGCCGACUAAUGGACUGCAAGAAGCUUUCAGCAGACGCUUGUAUGCACGCAGUCCAAAACGAGCGUCUUCCCCUUCGAGUAGUCGUUCAAGUCCUAUUUUUCGAGCAGGUCCGGACAGCAGCCGCAGCCUCAUCCUCCGGCAGCUCGACUCCAGACCUCCCGAAAGCCAUUAAAGACCUAAACGGAAGCUCGCGCUCGACUACGACAAACACUGAUGAGGAUUGGGAUGCUGUGGCCUCGGCAGACGAGCUCCGAGCUCUUAGGGGUGAGCUGGCGGCCUUGCGUCUGGGCAAUAAUGGGCUUUCGAACGAGAGGGAUUUGGGCCGGGCUGGGAUUGGUAAGGUUAAGGGUUUGAUGAUGUCGAGGAGGAUUUUGUCCAAGAUUUGGUCGGGUAAAGGGGAGAAUAGCGGGUCGGAUUCGUCUGAAAGUCUUGGGUCGGGCAAUAAUUACGGUCAAGAUGAGGGGAAGAGCACGCCGUCGAGGAAAGUGAGGCGUUCGGGGACUGAUUUGAUGAGAACUGUCUGUGGGUAUAAAGAGUAUCCCAGGGAAUCAGAAGAGCUUACUGUUGUUGAAAUUCUUAGUUAA